AAUUUCACAUAUCAUCCGGGCAAGGUCCCAUUUCGCCCCCCCAAAGGCCUUGACCAUCGCAGUUCCUUCACAACGACAGCAUUUGCAAACCAACUAGGCCAUCACCGGCAUCACGAACACCAACCGCCACCGCCACGCGCUUGCUUUGCUCUGUGUUGUGCGGGCAGCCUCCUCCCCCUUCUUACGUGUAUCGUCAUCCACCCCCCUGCUUGCUCGCCUGCUGCCGUCGCCCAACAUCGUUUUGAGAGCACAUGGCGAAUCUUCCUACCGUCUCUUUGCAAACGCCACCUCUCACGAUUUGACGGCUCCUCCGUCUUGUCCCUCAUCCUCAGUUGUAGCUCGCACAGCCUUGCUACAUGCUGUAUCGAGCGUCCGCCCGCCUCCGCUGCUUCUGAUAUUGCACCCGUCUCGCUGGCGUUUAUGGAUCCCGACGACACCACGCUUCCCUACCGCCGUAACCGCUCUCAGUGAACCCUUGGAAUAACUUGCCUCUUCUGCCAUCACCCCGGUCAUGGCAUUGUCACCCGGAGGCAUCGUCCCGGCUCAGUUGGGCUUCCUUGCCAUCUUCAAUCCAUCCCUGGGCAGUACGGAUGAGACGCUUGACGACCAAAUUGUCUACUACGCCUCGGUGAGCACUCAGCGACAGAAGCGUCGUCACCGCUCUCGCGCCAAGCCCACAGAGAACAUCUCUCAAGAGGAACGCAAUGAGCGCCUGCGCCAGAUUGGCCUUGCCCAGGGCAUGGUUGAGUUCAGCAAGAGUUUCUCUGGCGGCCAGCCUGUUGACUCCAUUGACACGGAGAAGUCGCGUGUGAUUCUCCACGAACUGGAGCCAGGUUGGUGGGUUCUUGCUUCCAUCGAUCUCACCCGCAUUCCCUUGCCUCCCAAGUUGCAGACUGGGAAGACCCAAGAAUCUGCAGAAGAGGUUGUUGAGUUUUCAUCUAAGGAGAUCAAGCCCGCAUCUCUUCUGUUGCAAGAUAUGCUUCGUGCUCAUUCCACCUUCCUGCUUCACCACGGCACCUCGCUCAGUGCUUUGUUUGUCCGUUCUCGGAGGACCAAUUUUCUCAGCCUUCUCGGCCGAUAUUGGGAUCUGUUCUUAUCGACAUGGAACGUCAUGUUGCAGGGCAAUCCCGCACGCACCAUCUUUGGCGGUAUCAACAUUGCCGCUUCCGGCGAACUGGGCAUCGGCGUCGGUGAAGAAGAGCGAGGCAGCGGAGAACGAGAGGUAUUAGAAGGCCUUGUUGGCAGGGUUGAGGGUCUUGUCGACCUCGUUGUUUCCAAGUUCGGAUCUUUCAACGCCGACGACGAGCCCAGAAAUGGCAAGGAGCGGCAGAUGCCGUGGUUAGGCACAGGGCAGGAUCCAGGCCCCGAGGAUGGUGCGAUUUUCCUAGGAACAGGAGCUUUGUCUCGGAAGUCGGUCAGAGAUGUGUCGCAUUGGAUGGAGGACUUGUACACUUGGGGUGAAAACGCCUAUGGUGUGAUCGAGAGUCCGACUUCUCUGCGCGCCGCACGACGUUCGAGGAAAGCUGCACCGGCGCCGGCUUCGGCUUCGGUUCCCAAGUCAUCGGAGAACCGGCAUGCUCCAGUUCGGCCUCUAAAUCAGUCCGAUGGCAAUCGCUCUGACUCCGGCUCCGGGUAUGGAAGCUCGGGGUCUACGAAGACACUCGCAGAACGGCGUGGUCGGGUAAUUGGCAUCGUGAAGGAAGCCAAGCGGACAGAAUCCACUAAGAGGGACAUCGCCGCUACCGCCACUCCUUCUGCCCCUGCCGCAGCUCUUCCAGCGCAUGAAGAGGGAGACGGGCACAUGGAUAAGCUCAUGACGUACAUGAAGCUUGGGUACGGCACCUACUGGUCGAUUGGCAAGUCAGAUGCAUCGUCACCUGCAGACAAGAACCAAUUGGCCGCCGCCACCGCCGCCUUGGCAAGCGGGGAGUCUUCCAAGCAUGCCUCCACUGCGGCACGAAAGCCUAAGCCGAUAGACGACGAUACCGGUCACUACCUCAUCGGGCUGAUAGGUGACGUUGAGGAGGGCAGUGGCGGUGAAGGCGAAGACGGCAAGGGCUCCGAUGAUGCCGAUAACAUUGAGCCGAACUCUCGUACCAUGCUUCGCACCAUCCAUGUCGAGCUCGAAAAGACGGGACAGAACCGUGCCGAAGCAGAUAUCGUGAAGGACCUCGGCAGCCUGACGAACGAAGUUACCCCUCUUGGGGCCAACGACGUGAGCUCGAACCCGCUGUUCGGAAACCAGGACUCCAACAAGGCGAGUAAGAUGCGUGUCGUUGUUUAUGUUAAUAGACCAUUCAUCUUCACCUUCCUAUUCGAGUUGAGGACCGAUUCGCUGGCUUGGGACUCAUUUUACAAAUCGCUGCAUUGCCAGCUUGCGUCUAUCCAGAAACCGCUGCGGGCCUCCAUCCAUUACAGGCCAGAAAAGCCAGAUGUGGGUUCCCCAGCGUCAAAUAUUUACGACCUCAUAUGGGAUGCCGAGGCCAUGACUGUGCUCUCCACCAUACCCAAUAUACCCGAUCACGCACAAAUGCUUCAGUCAAACACGCAGCUAGCUUGGUCGCGCGUCGAGGCGAUGAACACACACAUGCAACUUCUCAACAUUUUCAACCUCACCCGGCAGGAGAUUAAUCAGCUGGAGCGGACUUGCAAGACGAACCGCGGGUGGUGGGUAGUGUGGCAGCGUAUCCUGGAUCGACACACAAACGCGACCGCGGCAAACCGAUACUCGGGGAACGAGGAUGAUGGCGACGCGCCAGCCUCCGAGAGCGAGGAGUCGUUGACCACGAGCGGCGAUGGCUCCAGCACUCAGAGGCCAUCCCCGUCCCCCUUGCUCAGCCCAAUGGUUAGCAAGGAGAUAUUUCUGAUCCGCAGGGCGAGCGACCAUGCGGGCUACCGCGGCGUGAGCUCGUCAUACGCCGAGGCCAGCGGAGCAGGAGCGGGAACGGGGUGGGGCGACGGCGCGGGCCGUCUGGCGUCGGGGAUUGGCAUUGAUACGCGCAAGUAUAUCGAGGGACUACUGAACUUUAGCCGGUGAGGGAAGCACCCCCAGUCUUGGGUGGGAGACUGCCCAGCAGUACCGCUAUGGCAUCAUGAAGAGGUAAACAUACGCAAGGAUAGUAGGGAGUGUAUGCUAGUAACAUGAUUUGUUCCAUAUUACGAUGAGAGGCGGCCCAACUCUGCCGUUUGUAG